AUGCACUUUGCCAUUUCAAUCCGAAUUGCCGUGGCCGCUUCUUUCGCUGCUGGGUUAGUCCAUGCUGGCAAGGUCGGCGAUGCCAUUGUCCAGAACAACUGCCACAACAAGGUCUACCUCUGGUCUGUUGGGGGCUCCGUCGGCGAGCGACAGACCCUCGAGCCAGGCAAUCAAUAUGUCGAGAAACUACACUAUGAUGAUACUUCGGGAGGCAUCUCUAUCAAGAUCACACGCACCAAAAAUGGACUGUACGAUGGCAGCCCGCAGUUGAAUUUCCAAUACGCCCUUACAGACCACCUCUACUACGCCCUGUCAGCGGUGUUUGGCAAUCCGUUUUCGAGUGACACCUUGCUUGUGCAUCCGUCCGUUGACACCUGUAACAAUAUCUGCUGGGUUGAAAGAGACUGGACUAAAGCCAGAGAGCAGACGGAGACCUGUAGCACAAACGCAGAUAUUACUCUUGUCUUGUGCGCGGAAUCUUGGCCGAUCCUCGUGACUGCGCCACCGCCUACCACCCCUCAGCAGCCCCCGGCAGAUGCGUCAACCAAACUCCUCACCGCCCAAAUCCUGACCAAGUCGCCGAGCCCCUCGGCUGAGGGUCUCCCCUCUAACGUUCUUUCCUCCACGUCUCCAGUCAUGUCUCAAAUUCAGCGCAUCACAGAAAGCUUGGAGAAGCCGGACCUAGACGAUCGCUCAUACAGGGUCAUUCGCUUGCCGAACAAACUGGAAGCCCUACUGGUCCAUGACCCAGAUACCGACAAAGCAAGUGCUGCCGUCAACGUCAAUGUCGGCAACUUCUCUGAUCAAGAUGAUAUGCCGGGAAUGGCCCAUGCGGUGGAACACUUGUUGUUUAUGGGAACGAAGAAGUACCCGAAGGAGAAUGCCUACAAUCAAUACCUCGCUGCUCAUUCCGGCUUAUCCAAUGCCUACACCGCCGCCACCGAGACGAAUUACUUCUUCGAAGUGUCAGCCACCGGCGAUUCCAGCCCUGCUCCCUCGACGGGGCAGAACGACUCGGCGGAGUCGACGGGCGCGAGUGAUCAAGUUGCCGAUAAGUCGUCUUCAGACAGCGCUGCAGACUCCGACAAGAAGUCUCCACUCUAUGGAGCCCUGGACCGAUUCGCCCAAUUCUUCGUGUCCCCCCUCUUCCUCGAAUCGACGCUUGACCGUGAAUUGCGAGCAGUCGACUCUGAAAACAAGAAGAACUUGCAAAGCGACCUCUGGCGACUGAUGCAAUUGAAUAAGUCACUUUCUAACCCCAAGCACCCAUAUCACCAUUUCUCUACCGGUAACCUGCAGACAUUGAAAGAAGACCCGCAAAAGCGUGGUCUGGAGGUCCGCAGUGAGUUCAUUCGGUUCUACGAAAAACAUUACUCGGCCAAUCGGACGAAGUUGGUCGUCUUAGGGCGAGAGAGCUUGGAUGUCCUCGAAGGAUGGGUCGCAGAACUAUUCGCGGAUGUGGAAAAUAAGGAUCUGCCCCAGAACCGCUGGGAUGACGUGCAGCCUUUCUCUGAGGAGGAUAUGUGCACGCAGGUCUUCGCCAAGCCAGUCAUGGAAUCGCGUUCAAUGGACAUGUACUUCCCGUUCCUGGACGAGGAGAACCUCAAUGACGUUCAACCCAGUCGAUACAUCAGCCAUUUGAUUGGCCACGAAGGCCCGGGCAGUAUCCUAUCGCAUCUCAAAGCGAAGGGGUGGGCCAACGGACUGUCCGCGGGGGCCAUGCCUAUUUGCCCUGGAUCUGCUUUCUUCACCAUCUCGGUCCGCUUGACUCCCGAAGGUCUCAAGCUGUACCAGGAAGUUGCGAAGGUGAUCUUUGAGUACAUUUCCAUGAUCAAGGAGCGGGAGCCAGAACAAUGGAUCUUCGAUGAGAUGAAGAACCUCGCCGAGGUGGAUUUCCGCUACAAGCAGAAGACACCCGCCAUCCGCUUCACCAGCCGCCUGAGCAGUGUCAUGCAGAAGCCUAUGCCCCGUGAGUGGCUGCUCAGUGGAUCCCUGUUGCGACGAUUUGACCCGGAGGUCAUCAAGAAUGCCAUGUCCUACUUGCGAGCCGACAAUUUCCGUCUCAUCAUUGUCUCCCAAGAUUACCCUGGCGAGUGGGAUCAGAGGGAAAAAUGGUACGGCACCGAGUACAAGGUCGAGAAAAUCCCUCAUGACUUCCUGAGCGGCAUUCAGAAGGCCCUGCGAUCUACCGAGACCACCCGCACGUCUAGUCUGCACAUGCCUCACAGGAACGAAUUCGUCCCUACUCGUCUGUCGGUUGAGCGGAAAGAAGUCGCAGAGCCUGCGAAAAUACCCAAGCUCAUUCGUCACGACGAUCGGGUUCGGUUGUGGUUCAAAAAGGAUGAUCGUUUCUGGGUGCCCAAGGCUACUGUGCAUGUCACACUGCGCAACCCUCUGGUGUGGACGACCCCUGCCAAUCUGAUCAAGACCAAGCUUUACUGUGAAUUGGUUCGUGAUAGCCUAGAUGAGUACUCUUAUGAUGCAGAGCUUGCUGGGUUAGACUACCACUUGUUCACCACCACCCUCGGUCUGGAAAUUUCGGUCGGGGGUUAUAACGACAAAAUGUCGGUUCUUUUGGAGAAGGUCUUGAAGACGAUGUCUGGACUUUUGGUCAAUCAGGGCCGGUUCAAUAUUAUCAAGGAGCGUCUGGCUCGGGCCUUCCGCAAUGCAGAGUAUCAGCAACCCUUCCACCAAGUUGGUGACUAUGACCGAUACUUGUUGUCCGAGCGCAGCUGGAUCAACGAACAAUACAUUGAGGCUUUGGAGCACAUUGAAGCCGAAGAUGUGAUCAAAUUCUUCCCGUCACUGCUGGAGCAGACUCAUAUCGAGGUUCUGGCUCAUGGCAACCUGUACAAGGAAGAUGCACUUCGUAUGACAGACAUGGUCGAGAAAAUUCUUGGGGGCCGCACCCUCCCUGCCUCUGACUGGUAUCUUUACCGCAACAUGAUCAUUCCCCCGGGCGGCAACUACAUCUACCCUCGCACCCUGAAGGAUCCUGCGAACGUCAACCAUUGUAUCGGAUAUUACCUGCAUAUUGGAUCAUUCUCUGACGAUGUCCUUCGUGCCAAGUUGCAGCUGUUCUCGCAACUGACAGAUGAGCCCGCAUUUGAUCAAUUGCGAAGCCAAGAGCAACUCGGGUACGUUGUGUGGAGUGGCUCUCGCUACAACACCACGACCAUGGGAUACCGUGUCAUUAUCCAGAGCGAGCGCAAUGCGCAGUAUUUGGAAUCUCGAAUUGAUGCGUUUUUGACGCAGUUUGGACAAACGCUGGAAAAGAUGUCCGACGAUGAGUUUGAGGGUCACAAGCGCAGUGUCAUCAAUAAGCGCCUGGAGAAGCUCAAGAACCUUGGCUCCGAGACGGGUCGCUUCUGGUCUCAAGUUCGUUCAGAGUAUCUGGACUUUUUGCAACAUGAGACAGAUGCUGCUUGCGUGCGUGUCUUGGGUAAGGUGGACUUGAUCGAAUUCUUCAAACAAUACAUCGAUCCGUCGUCGCCGACCCGAGCCAAGCUAUCAGUCUAUUUGAACGCACAAUCCGAUGCUGCUUCAACCGAGACGGGUCCUGUCCAACAAAGGACUCGCCUCAUUGAGGCAGUGAAGGAGGACUUGGAUAGUGCUGGACUGACUGUCAACAGCGACACCCUGACAGCAGCAUUCGAGCAACUGGACAUGGCAGUCGUAGACCUCUCUCAGAUCAUGUACAUUCUCAAAGGGUUUUUGGCUACAGAACUGCCAGAAUCUGCUAGGCAGAAUCAUGCAGUGAUCAGCAAGCUGGAAGCGAAGCUCGGUGCUCAGUUGAAGCAGCUUGGGCUGGGUACGAAGGAACACGCCGAUAGUGCGAACGGCACCUCGAGCAACUUGCCAAAACCUGUCAUUGUCGAAGAUGUGCGAUCGUUCAAAGCUCGUCUGCCUGUCAGCACUGGACCCGUGCCCGUGUCAGAUCUGACGGACUACGAGGACUUUGAAGCGAAGCUAUGA